GUGUGAUAAUUGAACUGACUUCAUCAGAGCACGGACCUUAGCUGGGGACAGUCCUCACUGGCUUCCAGACUGUCAUCAAUCUCAGGAUGGAUUCUCUCGUGGCAGCCAACAACAAAUUUUGCUUUGAUCUUUUCCAGGAGAUAAGCAAAGAUGAUCCUCAUAAAAACAUUUUCUUCUGUCCUCUGAGCCUCUCGGCUGCCCUUGGCAUGGUCCGCCUGGGGGCCAGAAGUGACAGUGCACAACAGAUCGACCAGGUACUACACUUCAAUGAAUUUUCCCAGAAUGAACGAAAAGAACCUGAUCCCUGUCUGAAAAGCAAAAAACAAGAAGCGCUGGCUGACAGCUCUCUGGAGGGGCAGAAAGAAACAGGGGAGUCUCUAACUCUGCAGGCCGAGUCUUCCAGUGAUGAGAGUGGACUGCUCAGUUGCUACUUCGGGCAGCUUCUUUCCAAGAUAGACAGGAUCAGAGUUGAUUACACCCUAAGUAUUGCCAACAGGCUUUAUGGAGAGCAGGAAUUCCCCAUCUGUCCGGACUACUUAGAUGGUGUGAUUCAAUUUUAUCACACAACCAUUGAAAGUGUUGAUUUCCGGAAGGACACCGAAAAGUCCAGACAACAGAUUAACUUUUGGGUUGAAUCUCAGUCCCAAGGUAAAAUCAAGGAACUCUUCAACGAGGAAGCUAUUGACAGUGCAACUGUACUGGUGCUGGUGAAUGCUGUUUACUUCAAGGCCAAAUGGGAAACAUAUUUUGACUCUAAAAACACAGUUGAUGCGCUUUUCUCUCUAAAUGAGAAUGAAAAGAAGACUGUGAAGAUGAUGAACCAAAAGGGCCUAUUUCGAAUUGGCUUCAUAGAGGAGCUGAAGGCACAGAUCCUUGAAAUGAGGUAUAUUAAAGGGGCGCUCAGCAUGUUCGUCCUGCUGCCUCCUUGCUCUGCAGAUAACGUGAAGGGCCUGGAAGAGCUUGAAAGGAACAUCACUCAUGAAAAAAUAGUGGCCUGGAGCAGCUCAGAGAAUAUGUCAGAAGAAACAGUAGCUGUCUCUUUCCCGCAGUUCACCCUGGAAGACAGCUACGAUCUCAAUUCUAUUCUACAGGACAUGGGCAUCACGGAUAUCUUUGAGGAAGGGAAGGCUGAUCUUACUGGAAUUUCUCCAAGUCCCAAUUUGUACCUGUCAAAAGUUGUCCAUAAAACCUUUGUGGAAGUGGAUGAAAACGGCACCCAGGCAGUUGCUGCCAGUGGGGCCGUCGGCAUGGAAAUGUCCAUACCUUCCUGGGUGACGUUUAUUGCUGAUCACCCUUUCCUCUUUUUCAUCAGACACAACAAAACCCAAAUGAUUCUCUUCUAUGGCAGGGUCUGCUCUCCUUGAAAGGAGCACACUAUCUAGGACCCGGGAGCUGGAAGAAAGUGGCAGUCUGGUCUCCCCCUGGCAUAACAUGGGCAUUUGCAUUCUUGCUGAUAUCUAAAGCUGACUGAAUUCUGUCACAGCUCCAAGCCCCCUUCCUCCGGCCACUGGGCCUGUGCUUGUCCUGAUUCUUCUCUCACCCUGUAGCUGACUUUCAUCUACCUCCAUUAGCAUCGAAGUCCCUGGCUCCCUCCCUGACCUCUCACCAUACUAAGCUUUCAAGCAUGUAAUUCACCCUCUGUGACCUGCAGGUCAUGUAAUUGAGAAUGGUACUAACUUUAAGUUCCCUACUUCCUUAUAAAGGAAUCCUGAAAGUUCAAGUCAUUAGACCACUUCUAGGGGAGGAUAAAUUCAGAAACCACUUUAACAUGGGCAGUAGGAGGAAAUGUUGAAAUGGAAUGUGUUUUGGAAACUCAGCUCUAUUUCUAUGGUAGUUAAAACCCGAGUCGUCGCGGGGCAAGACGCCCUGCCUCUUCCUCUCCCAUCUUCUUCUGCUGCAUGGAAGAUGCCCUGUAAGAUGCUUCUCACCGGGGAGAAAAGCUACCCACUGGGGGUGGAUUUAAGUGAGAGCUCAAGGACGGAAGCCUGUCCUGACUAGCACUCAUUCUGCGCAGAUCAGGAUAUGUUUUGUGAAUCUGGCGUUGAACUAGGAGAGUGGCAGUGGAUUUAAAAAUUAGUCUCAGCUUUCCUUAUUGAGUCUCCUAAGCCAUCAUCACGAAGCACGAUCCUCUGUGUCUUCUUCACCCCCUUCCUCCGAGAAUUCUCCUCUGAAGUUACCCCUAAAUACCCAGCAUGUUAGGUGGGGGAAGGGAGCGCUGCCCUCACUGCAGACUGUCAGACUCCCCAACACCCUCUGUCAGCAGUCCGGCCCCAUGGACUUUUUCCUCCUGGAGGCCUUAUGCCUGGUCACAUCCUGAGAGCAGGCCUGGGUUUGGGCAUGAUACAUGUGGAAACCUUUGUCAGGAAGGCCCUUGCUUCAUAUCAAGCUCUGGUCUAUUGAAAGCCGUAUGCCUGAGUGUUCAAGACUCCAGAACCUGGGACCUUCGUCCUCUGAUAGGUCUGUCUGAAUUCUUGAUUUCUGCCUUAGCUGAACACUCUGGAAUGACUGCUAACAAUGUCUAACUCGAGGACGUGGACAGUCGUUCUGUCAAGGUGAAUUUCUGGUCUUGGUCGUGGCCCUGUUUCCUUGCCCUGCCCUAUGAGCGUCCUCCUCACAGUUGCCACUGGUUGGUUGUUAAGUGUGGCUGUGGCAGUUUUUGCAGAAGGUAGGUUAAGCAGCUGCCAUGCCGGCCCCGGUCCCCCCGUUUUCCUCCAUAUUAAUGACUUCUUUGUGCUGUGAGGGACAAGUUCCAUGUUCCCCAUACAGGGCUCUCAUUGUCAAAGGUUGUUUGUGGUAUAAAAAAUCUCUCAUUGAUAAUGUGAGGCAGCUUGAGGUGGCUCUUCCAAGUCCUUUCCACAGAAUGCAGGUCACAUGGGUCAAAUUUAUGUCAGAUAAUCAAAUACAUAGUCUCUUCCGUGGUUCUUUUUGGGGUUGACGUUUUGAAGAUUCCAUGCCGGAGCUGGCAUUGCUGUUGGAUACUGAGCUGGAUAACUAGGACCUAUGUGAAGGUUUGGCCUUGUCUGGCAUUGCUUAUGUUCUUAUUCUUUUCCUUGAUAAACACAUCUUCUCAUUUGUAUUGGGAUCUCUCAGAAUUUUAAUCACAAAGGGAAAGUUUAUCUAUUUACAAAAAUGAGAGUGAGAGUCUUAAAUCUUUCUGUGAAUCAGUAAACUUACUCUUUACUAAUCUUUUUCAAUUGAUUAAAAUGUUUCUUCUUAUUAAAUAAAGCACUUUUGUCAUUAGUUAAAA